AUGAACUGCACAGCACCGAUCAACAACAACGAGGAGAAGAAGCUGCGUCGCAUGCUGAUUCAGCUUGGCAUCACCUCUGAUCGCAUGCUCCACAAGAUGGAGAGCCGUGAAGAGUACAAGGCCCGUGUCAGGGGACUCUCUCGUGAGAAGCUGGCCAACACAGCCCAGAACCAGCAUUUUCCUCAGCUCUGUGAGGUGGUCAGCAAUGGCAAGCAAGGCCUGAAGCUGGAGAUGCGCAAGCGGCGCAUCAUCUCUGGGUCACAGCUUGCCCCAAUGAAUAAUUAUGGCCCAAUGCUCUAUGCUGCCAACUGGGUCAUUGGAACCUCGCACGAUCCCUGGGCCAAUGAGCCCGCACCAUACCAUGGACACGCUGCACUUCAACGCAUGCAGGCGUGCAUGUUUGAGGACGUCGCCAAGAUCCAGCGCGCCUCUAAACAAGGACAUGAUCUUGCGCGCGAUGUGGUGCUUAAAGCCACUGCGCAUUAUGACACUGCCAGGAAAGAAGGGAUUUUUUACCUGGGGUACUGGUGCGACAGGCGCAACAAAACGUAUGGAACGAUGCGUUGGUGGGGUUCAAAGGACCUGACGCAGAUCUCGAGCAGUGACUCUUUUGCAGCAAGGUACACCGUUCUUGCUUUCUUGCACUGGGCCAGCAUGUUCACCGACAGAUGGGUCCAGCGCUUUGUUACUUCCAAGCGCUACCUCAUCUGCGACAUCACCAGAGGCCUCUGGAAGGACUCUGA